CGCCCCGCAACGAACACCAUGAUGUGCGCUCCGUUUCAUACAGGCACGCACGAGUCCGCUAGCCCGUGCGCACAGAGUCAUCAGCCUGGACCCCGACCACGCACCCGGGCCCUACAUCAACAACUUCGAGCUCGCCGACCUGCUACUCCCCGAGCACCUCCAGCUCCGGCUGGAGAAGACGCGGGGGUGGCAGCUCGCGCUCGCGAACUGGCCGGCGUACAAGUUCGGCGUCGAGCUGCUCCUGCGGUCGCUCGGGCUCAUGCACGCCAUCGACCCCGAUAAGGGCAGUCGCGGCUGGAGCCCGGAGCAGUGGCGCAAUGUCGACGAGCUCUGCAAGACUAUCAUCGCGCUCAACGUGAAGGAUUUCGCGCCGCUGUUCGGGAGGGAAAUGCAGAAGGCGUCGGCCGCGCAAAUGUGGAAGUGGCUAGAGGUUCUGGAUCAUGACGGUAUAAUGGCGCCGCAUAUGCAUAUGUGGAAUGAUGCCCACACGAGUUGGAUCCGUUUGGAGGAAGUGGAGGACAAGCCAGCGAGAGCUGGGUCGGGCUGGGGGGCCUUCGUCAACAAAACGGUCACUGUGGUGUGCUUGGUGGCGUUGUUCUACGCGCUGUUCUACGCGCCCCAGCUGCAGCAGAGAUGCUGAAAAAGUUGCUUAUUGC